UACAACCGGAAUGUGCAAUGGCCGCCGCGUUUCGCGUGACGUGCGAGUGUAUAGUGGAAUUUAUAAAAAAUCGACUAUAAGUUAAAAACAUGCUUGUAUUUGUUAGGUGAGGGUUAAUAUUAAGCACAAGUUAGCGGACUACAUUACAAUGCAAUGUGCUACUGAUAAAACGAUACCCGGAGUGUCAUCUUCCCAAUCUUCGAAGAAUGUCAAAGAAGGCGUGACAAUGAGAGAAAAAAGGGGAGGCGCAAUGAGCAAAAUGCAAAAGCUCAGGAAGCGCCUAUCCCUUAGCUUCGGUAGAUUAUCAACUAAAGACGAGCCGGACGGCGACGCCGGCGAGUGCCGCGGGCGGCAGAACGGCGAACGCGGCAAGCUCACCUACAACGGCUACUCCGAGGAGUGCCUCGACAGGCUCGAGCCCAACGGGAACAUACCGCACGACAAGGACUCGCAUUACGAUUGGAAUAGCGGUGCCAACGGGGAGUACCGGGUGCGGAGACAACUAUCAGUCUCGUCGGACUCGAAACUACUGGACGAGGGGGCGCGGGAGGACGCGCGGGUAGUCAUGAGGCCGAAACGGCCCCCUAGACCCAAGUCCGAAGCGUUCCUCGCGCACGACCACUCCAACCGACGUACGAAGCGGUUUAGUGCCUUUGGGGGUGACUCUCCGUUCGGCAAAUCCGAAGCCUACAUAAAGCUGGAGCAGCUGGGCGAGGGAUCCUACGCCACGGUUUAUAAAGGGUAUAGCAAUUUAACGCAACAAGUGGUAGCGCUGAAAGAGAUCCGACUGCAAGAAGAGGAAGGCGCGCCGUUCACCGCCAUCAGGGAGGCGUCGCUGCUCAAAGAGCUGAAGCACGCCAACAUCGUCACCCUGCACGACAUCGUACACACCAGGGAAACGCUCACGUUCGUCUUCGAGUUUGUGGACACGGACUUAUCGCAAUACAUGGAAAGGCAUCCCGGCGGGCUCAACCACCACAACGUCAGCCUAUUCAUGUUCCAGCUACUGCGGGGGCUAUCUUACUGCCAUAGGAGAAGAGUUUUACACAGGGACGUGAAGCCACAAAACCUUCUAAUAAGUUUACAAGGGGAGCUGAAGCUCGCGGAUUUCGGUCUGGCGCGGGCCAAGUCGGUCCCCAGCCACACAUACUCACACGAAGUCGUCACACUGUGGUACAGGCCACCAGAUGUCCUACUAGGCAGCACGGAGUAUUCAACGUCGCUAGACAUGUGGGGCGUUGGCUGCAUAUUCGUGGAGAUGCUGUGCGGCGUGCCCACCUUCCCCGGAGUGCGAGACACGCACGACCAGCUCGACAAGAUAUUCAAGGUCGUCGGAACCCCAACCGAAGAAAGUUGGCCGGGCGUCACCCGGCUCCCCGGCCUCCGCUCCCACAUAGCCCGAUGGGGCAGCUGCCCCGCCCGGUCGCUCGGAGCCGCCUUCCCGCGCCUAAGAGACGGCGGGAGGAACGCGGAGCGACUCGCCGCCGCCUUACUACAACCCGACCCGAGGAGAAGACUGGCGGCGCCGAGGGCGAUACACCACAGUUACUUCGCGCAUCUACCGCCGCGGCUCAACGAGUUGCCUGAUGGUGAGUGA